GAGGCGAUGGGGAGGCGGGCACAGUAGACCCAAGGGUGGAGAAGGGGGAAGGCGACGGACGCGCGUUCCGGGCUCGUGACCGCUGGUGGCCCAGGGAACCGGCGCCCACACAGCCUUGCAGAGAUGGCAGGCAGCGAGAACUGGCGCGUCAUGGGCACCUUCCACCUGCUGCUGCUGGCGGUCGUCCUGUCCCUGGCAGCUGCGAGUCGCAGUCGGGGAGCAGCUGCCUGGACCCAGGAGAAGAACUAUCACCAACCAGCACUUUUGAAUUCUUCAUCUCUUUGGCAAGUUGUAGAAGGUACCAGUAUUUCUGGAAUGUGGCAAAAUGACUUACGACCAUUGUUGAUAGAACGUUAUCCAGGAUCACCUGGAAGCUAUGCUGCACGCCAGCACAUCAUGCAGCGAAUUCAAAGACUGCAGGCUGACUGGGUCUUGGAAGUAGACACCUUCUUGAGUAAGACACCAUAUGGGUACCGGUCCUUCUCAAAUAUCAUCGGCACUCUUAACCCGGAUGCUAAACGACAUUUGGUCCUCGCCUGCCACUAUGACUCCAAGUAUUUUCCCAGCUGGGAUAACAGAGUAUUUGUAGGAGCCACUGAUUCAGCCGUGCCAUGUGCAAUGAUGUUGGAACUAGCUCGUGCCUUAGACAAGAAACUCCUUUCAUUAAAGAAUGUCUCUGGUUCUAAGCCAGAUCUCUCACUGCAGCUAAUUUUCUUUGAUGGAGAAGAGGCUUUCCUUCACUGGUCUCCUCAAGAUUCUCUGUAUGGGUCUCGGCACUUGGCCCUGAAGAUGGCAUCAACUCCACACCCACCUGGAGCAAGAGGCACUAACCAACUGGAUGGCAUGGAUUUAUUGGUCUUAUUAGAUUUAAUUGGAGCUGAAAAUCCAACAUUUCCCAACUUUUUUCCAAAGUCUGCCAGAUGGUUUGAUAGACUUUGGGCAAUUGAACAGGAACUCCAUGAAUUGGGUUUUCUCAAGGACCAUUCUUUGGAGAGGAGGUAUUUCCAGAAUUUUGGUUAUGGAAAUAUUAUUCAGGAUGACCAUGUUCCAUUCUUAAGAAAAGGUGUUCCAGUUCUUCAUCUGAUAGCGUCUCCUUUCCCUGCAGUAUGGCAUACCAUGGAUGAUAAUGAAGAAAAUUUGAAUGAGUCAACUAUUGACAAUCUAAACAAAAUCAUUCAAGUCUUUGUGUUGGAAUAUCUUCAUUUGUAACAUUCUAAUUCAGUUCAUGGCAAUUGCUUCUAUAACAAAUACAAAGGACAUUAUUUAAAUGAUUUGAUUCCAGAUAAAUCUUGUGUAUAAACUUCUGUCCUAUAGAUUUACUCUGUAGGUAUCUUUGAAUAUGUGAUCAAUGAAUCAUAGAAUUCUCUUAUGCUAUCAAUUGCUCAUUAAGUUUUUAUCUACAGAUAAGGAAUAUGUAAAGAAAAGUAAAAAUAGUCUCUUGAAAGCCCUUUAGAUAAAAACUUUGAAAUGAAUUUAGAUUCACCUGUCAAUAUCAUAGACUUUUAAACAACACUUAGAUAUGAUGGUGUUCAGUGUAUAGCUGUAGUUUAAUGAUUUGUUACAUGUUAUAUAAUGUUAUAUAACACAAUGUAGAUGUACUUUAACAGCCCUUAAAUUUCUUUGUGAAAUCUUUGUGAAGUUUAUUUUACGGAAAUUAAAAUCUGAAUUAAAUGCCA